GUUCACUGAUUGUCUUCUUCAUCAUGACUAUCAUCUCUCUGCUCCUGCUCGCCACUCUGCUGCCUAACCUGAGCUUCACUGCCCGUAUAGUGUAUGGCAAGGAAGAACAACCCCACUCUAGACCUUACAUGGUUUCUCUACAGUACUACGGAUACCAUAUCUGCGGUGGAUUCCUCAUUUCUGAUGAGUUUGUUAUGACUGCCGCACACUGCAGGCCAAAUAAUGAGAUUCUGACAGCUGUAGUAGGCGCACAUGAUCUAACAAACUGGAGGGAGAAUUCUGUCCGCAUCGGAGUGAAGUCUUACCACAAGCACCCAUUCUUUUUUGAAGAUCCUGUUUGGAACGACAUUAUGCUUUUGAGGCUAGAGAAAGGAGUCAAGCAAGAUGAAAAUGUCAAGUGGAUAUCCAUAGCGAAGAAAGAAGAAAAAGUGAAUUCAAGUUCUGUUUGCAGUGUCGCAGGGUGGGGAAGACUGAGCACAACAGGCCCAGUGAGCGAUCGGCUCAUGGAGACGGAUGUAAAAAUCAUGAACAGCAUAGAAUGUGCUGAUAGAUGGGGGUGGAAGUACUCACCUUCACAGAUGAUGUGUGCAUAUGGCGAUGGAGGAAGCUGUAAGGGUGAUUCAGGGGGUCCCUUGGUUUGUGGAGAUACUGCAGUUGGGGUUACAUCUUUUGGUAGUAGAUUUGUCUGCAAUUCACUGCAGUUCCCUAAUGUUUAUACUAAGAUUUCAGCAUUUCUUCCAUGGAUCCACUCCACAAUGGGAAAUGUUGAGUGACUUUUUUUGAUAAUGAAAUAGAAGGAAGUGUUUUUACCUGAAUUCUCCCAUAAAUCUUCUUUCAAUAAAAGUAUAAUAUCGAGCAUCAGUAGUCAAAGGGUUCUUGUUGUCAUAACUCCAUGUAACCACAAUGUUAUGUACUUAUUAUUAUGCAAGAAUUGCAUGGCAUAAAAUAUGUAAAAAUGUAAAUUUUUUGUUUUCUCCUACUGUUUGUUUUAAAACUUGCAGCACCAUUUUGGUUGCUUGGAUUGCCACACAAAAAUCCUAUUGUGCUUUCAAGGAAAUAUACAGUAUAUACAGAACAUAUAUAUAUAUACAGUAUACAUAUACUAAA